UCCUGAAGGGCUGGCCCACCUCUGAUGGAAGCCGAUCACCUGGCUUUUCUAAGAAGAAGACGACACGACAGUCGAGCGAGAUCCCCCCCACCUGGACUUGGACAUAUCCCACCUCGGUAGGCUGCAGCCCUUCUCAGGUACCUGGGGCUCCAGGGAUGUCAUCUGGCCUGUGCGACUGCUUCCUGCUGCGUCGCCAUGGGGCUGCCACCACCGCCACCGGUGCCACCGCCGCCACCUCCAGAGGGCCUUCGGGGGGCAGGGAAUCCAAAGCGCACUCUCAGGAAGCCCUCAUGUCCCAGGACCUCGUGUACAGGGAGAUCUCGGUCAACUCCCUGUCGGACCAUCUUGCUGAGCCGGCGAGCGAGCCGAAGCAGGAGCUUUUCGUCCCCGAUUUUACUCCUUUCCAGACCUCCUCCUUGCUAAUCGAGUCGAGCCACUCCUCAAAAACUCUAGAGAAAUCCAAUGAGAAAAAGAAGAACACAAACAUUGCAAAAGAAAUGAAGACCCGACUGAGUUUCCUCCUGCAGAGACCUGAUUCUUCUUCUGGUGACCAGAAUAUGGAGUCCGAGAACAGCUUGGAGGUGCCAGAGAGGAGCGGCAGGCCGACCCCUCAUGAAGCUCAGGAGUGGGGACGUUCCCUAGAGGCUCUGCUCUCACAUCACAAUCAACCUGGACUCCCAGACGCGAGAGGCCAUCACUCACAGCCUGGCUCAUCCCACCAUGUGCUGCUUCAACGCUGCCCAGAGGCGAGUCUACAGCCUGAUGGAGAAGGACUCCUACCCGAGGUUCUUGAAGUCGCAGAUGUACCAGGACCUGAUUGGUUCGGGGCAGAGAUAAGGGGGUGUGUGCCCAGACUCUCAGAACAUAGUAAGGCCAGGCUGGGCCCAGGACCUUCGGUGGGUGGCAUGUUGGCAGAGUCUCGCUCUCUCUAUUUAUACCGUGCCGUGUAUGAGGAGAGGCGGUUAAAUGACACAGCAAGGCUCGAAAUGGUGACUUCCUAAUGGAGGUAUCAUGACGACAGUCCUGUCCUACACGAGCCUUCCAGGUCUCAAAGCAUCACCUGAACGCUUUCUGUUGGAGACCUCCGAGAAGACCCACAAUUCACCCGUUUGUUUGUUUUUAGCCCCCCAAAUGCAGCGUCAGGGCUAUCAUUAGAAAGUGGAAUG